CGACAAAUCCCAUUGCUUUUGUUCUAAGCUCUAUCUGGACACCUUUAGGAAAAGAAGCUUGUUAUGUACUAAAGUAAACUAUAUUCUUGGAGUAGGAGUUGGGACUAUAGGACUUGAAGGCAAGAGAACGUAUCUUAUCAAGGAUCUGUUCACUCAAUUUCCCCAAGUUCUCUCCAAGUUGGACUCAACUGUACAUCAUGACAGAUGUUCCAGUGGCAUUUAGUCAGGUUGAGUGUAAUGGGGAUACAGGACCUGAAAAAGAUCAACAACCAAUCACUAAAAUCAAUGAGGAAGCCAGUGAUGUGGAUGGCCCUCCACCAUACCAUAGGGUAGAACCUAGUCUUGAAGAUUUGCCCACAGAAGGAAAUCAGGAGAAAAGUGAAAAAUCACAAGAGAACAUGCUGCUCAACCGGUCCAUGGAUGAGAAGAUUCUAAAAGAAAAACCAGAAGAGAAUCUCUUCAUUGUUCAUAAAGCUAUCACAGAUCUUUCUCUUCAAGAAACAGGUGUUGAUGAAGUGACAUUCAGAGAAGGGCAUCAGUGGGAGAAAACUACUCUGAGCAGCAGUAACCAGGAAAUAAGCAGACCAAAAGAAAGCGUUGCUGAACAUCCUCUAGAAGAGAGAGAAGAUGAGGAUAGGAAGAACAAAACUCACCAGGCAACUGAAAUUGAAUGGCUGGGAUGUCAGAAACCUAGCCAAGUUGAUGUGUUGCAUUCUAAACAUGAUGAGCAGCCAGAGGUUUGGGAUGAAGAAAUUAACAAUGAUGAUGAUGAUGAUUGCAAUGAUGACGAAGACGAAAUUAGAGUGAUAGAAUUCAAGAAAAAAAAUGAAGAGGGUUCUCAAGCAAAAGAUGAAGGCGAUGCAAGUGAGGACUCCCCACUGAGCAGCCCCAGUUCCCAACCUGUGACACCUGAUGAGCAGCCACCCUUCGGGAAGAAGAAUGAUAUGUCCAGAAGUGCUUAUUCAAGAUACAAUACAAUAUCCUAUCGGAAAAUCAGGAAGGGGAAUACCAAGCAAAGAAUUGAUGAAUUCGAGUCUAUGAUGCAUUUAUGAACUAACUGGAACAGAGAAGUUCUCACGCCCAUUAAAGCAAAAGCUAAUUCUAUUUUCCCGAGAUGCCUCUUUGUAUGCCUUAAUUGAGUCAUCCCCUUUAAAGAUGUGGAAGCUUACUCUCUGUUUUACUGUGGAAUAAUGUGGAAAUAACUCUAGACAAAAUCCAGUCUGGUAACCUCAAAUCAAAAAGCUUUAGACUCAUUCUUGGACAUUUGCUUUUUAAAACUUCACUAAUAUAGCGUUGUAUAACAAGCACUAAAGAGCCAGCACCCCCGGCGAAUCUGGCUUUAAGGUAGCAGUGCUGGGAAAUGUAGUCACCAAACGCAAGAGGACUAUAUGAAAUGAUUCCUGUAUUUCUUUUGAUGUCUUUCUUCCUGUACAUUGAGGGUGUUAAAAUGUCUGAUAUUAAACCUCUCCUACUUUUAAACAGAGUUUUAUAGACUUUGGCAAUAAAUUUUCCAAAAUCCUUUGGCUUUCCCAGUAUCUUCAAAAAACAUUUUAAGUGGUUUUCCUUGGCAUCUACAGAGCAAAAAUUCGGUAUAGGCCUCCUUCCUAGGUGUUACCAUUCACCGAAUUUUCUCACUAGAAGGACUGAGCAAUUGUCAGUCAGGAAAAUUCUGUUUACUAAAUGUAGGCUUUAUGCAUUCAAGAUGAAUUAAACCCAUUGUGAGGUUGAUACAGGGAGGGGCUGGAAAUUGGUGGGCAAUAGACUAAAGAGUUAUAUCUGGUAGUUUAUUUCUGUGACUGAAAAUAAAAUCGUCUAGCACAAAGUCAUUAAAAAUGAAAAUGACAUCUUAAGCACAAUUUAAAAAAAAUACCCCUCUCUAUUACCACGCUUUCUCUUAUUAACAGUAUCUCAGAAUAAUUUUCUUUCCUUAGAAACCUGAGACAACUCUAAUCAUAACUAUACUAGUUACUAUGAAAAUGGAAAUAAUUAUCUUAGGAUAUUUUCAAAGUAGAGUGUGAGCAUGCAUUUUUAGUGAGAAACCUCUGAUAAGUUGUUGGGAAUAUAUAAUUUACUGGACCUCGGCCCAAAUCGAGAUGCUUAAAAUUGUGCUUGUGGAGCUUCAUUCAAACCAAUGUGUCAAAUAAUGUAUUGAAUAUUUAUGAAAAGGGAGAGUCUACAUUUCUAUUCUUAGAUAGUUCUGUAAUUUUUCAUUUCACGCUUUCGUAUAUAUUACCCUGAACUUUCUGUCACCACAGAUAAAGAUAAUUUUCAGUCCUGCAAAUAAAAAAACAAUUCCUUAUUGUCUGAAUGUAAUACAGUCUUCAUUGUACUGUUCAACCCUUUGUUUAUUUCUCUUUCAUUUUGUGAAAAACCCUGGGUUAGCCCUUCUUAGAUUAUUGCUUAUUUAUGUGUAACAAAUCCCACACAUUCUAAUGGUGAUUUCUUUAAUUCUUCUUGGUCAUAUAUUUCCACAGUAUCAUAUACUAUUGUUUAGUGUUUACAAGACUCGAAUUUGAAUUCAAGAUUGAAGUGCUCAUUUUAUUCUUUCAGAUACUUUGCAGACCAUGUAAAAGUUCCAUCACCAUCAAUCUAUAGAACCUACAGAUUUUCUUCUUGACAAUGCAAGUUUUCAAAACAAAGCCAGGGAAAUCAGGUCUUCAUUGAUAAAUGUAGGUAGAAGAUUGAUGCACUAGGACAAUUUCCUGUUUAUUUAGACCCUCUAAAUCUUCCCACCUGGACAACCUAUUUUCUUCUCUGGCUUACUGAUGACCCCUACAAUUUUCUACUUCACUUCAAAGCAUAGUGUUGUGUUAUCCAUCAUGGAACAGGACCAGAUUGUUAACCUUCCAUCCACAGAGCCUGUAUUUUGAAUUAUUCCAGCAGAGGUGAUGAAUGCCUGUGGAACUUGAGUGAGGUGGGUGACUUAUGGCCAUGUGACAUAGCCAAGCAACUAGCUGCUCUUAUGGGGCCCCAAUAUAUAGUACCCCUAGCCUUUUUAGCUUUGUGUUCCUACCAGACAAUUAACCAACCAUGAAGGAUUUUGUCCACAAAGACUUUAUUUUAGAGUGUGUUCAAUGGGUAAAUGCUUAAUGCCCAUAGAUGGGGCACGUAGUUGCAAAAGAUCACUGAAACUAUUCUUUGGUAAUGGCGUCUGUUAUCCUACGUUGCCAUCUUAUACUAAGGCCCGGGAGUUAAGUGACCAUAAGUAAUGAGAUGGUGAUGGGCGUUUGCUUGAUUUUUUGUAACCUAAGAAAGACAAGGGUGUGGUUCAGACUGCAUGAGGGAUAUUUAACACAUUUGAAACUCAUAUGGGACACGUCAGAACACAAAUUGGUAACUAUACAAGAAGCUUUAUCACUUUUGUGAUUCACGGUUCAGGGGCGAAAGAAGGGCUGUGCUACCUGGUAGGAGGGAGAAUUGACUUAUUGUGAGAAUGCUGAUACUUCUUAUAUGACCUUUUAUUUUCCUUAAUUGCUGGGUGAAAAGAAAUUAAUAACAGCUUUAUUUCUCUGUCAAUAUAAAAUUUGCCUUUCAUAUAAUGCUACCUUUGAAGACACAGAAUAUAUCAGAAUCCGUUGAUCGAUCAAUUGACCUAUCUAUAUAUCUAUCUAUCAACAAUGUAAAUAAAGAGCUGCUGUGUCUGACUUGCUUUCAAUAAAAGUUUGUGUACUUGU